UAUACGGAGACAGAUUGCCAUUUGCGACGUUCAUAAAGUAACUGUAGUAUCUGUCGUUACAUCGAAGUUAUAUUGAAUAAACCAGAACGACCCGCCUUCUCUGUGAAUCAAAUCAUGGAAGAGACAGAGGAGUCCAAUGGCAAGAAGAAAUCCACAGCUCAAAGAAGAAGGAGCUUGAGGGUAGGAGCGAACUCUGAUGAGCAUUAUUAUCAGAAUAAUCAGUUUGGUGGGCUGUGUAACCAGAAUAAGUAUCAGAGGUACUGUCCGGCUCUUCUCUCUGCCUUCUAUUUGCCUCUGCAACUAGCUCUGGCGCCACCGUUCCCUCAAAACCAAGCCAUCAAAUCCCAAACCCAUUUCAAGAAAUAUCCAUGCAAACUCAAUAACAAUUCUCCCUUGGCUGCCUCCUCAGACAACAAGAAGGUCUCAGAAGAACCCACUGUUUCUCCCGCUCGGGUGGGGCUUCAACUUCAAGCUAAAGCGAAGACAUCGCUUAAAGGGGAUGAAGGGAAGAAAUUUAUUCCUGCGAGAAAACCACAGACAUUGAUUGCUGCAAAAAGACCAGACUCUGGUGGCAAAGAAGGUUCUGUGAUCUCUCUUCUCGCCAACCACUUCCUCGUGCAAUUCGAUUCAUCACAAAAAAUAUACCAUUACAACGUUGAAAUCACUCCUAAUGCCUCCAAGGAAGUUGCCAGAGAAAUCAAACAGAAAUUGAUUAACAACAAUUCUGUGGGUUUUUCUGGUGCUGUGCCUGCAUAUGAUGGGAGGAAGAAUCUCUACAGCUCCGUGGAAUUCCAAAAUGAUAAGCUUGAGUUCUACAUAAGCCUUCCAAUCCACUCUAGCAAAUCGGCAUUGCCUUAUGAAGAAAUCCAUGACUUGAAAGAGAAGAAAGAACAGCUUAAACUGUUUAGGAUAAAUAUCAAAUUAGUUUCUAAGAUCAACGGGAUGGAGUUGAGUAACUACUUGAGCAAAGAGGGAGAUGAUUGGGUUCCACUUCCACAGGACUAUCUUCAUGCUUUGGAUGUAGUUUUGAGGGAGAGCCCGACUGAGAAGUGUGUACCUGUUGGUAGAUCAUUUUAUUCCAGUUCAAUGGGAAAAAGCAGAGAGAUUGGAGGAGGAGCUGUUGGAUUCAGAGGGUUCUUUCAGAGUCUUAGACCAACACAACAAGGACUAGCCCUCAAUGUAGAUUUCUCUGUGACUGCUUUCCAUGAGAGCAUAGGAGUUAUUCCAUACCUGCAGAAGCGUCUGGAGUUUCUUCGAGAUCUUUCUCAAAGGAAGACAACGAGUUUAACUGGUGAAGAAAGGAAGGAAGUGGAGAAGGCAUUGAAGAAUAUCAGGGUCUUUGUUUGCCACAGAGAAACUGUACAGAGAUACCGAGUCUGUGGCUUAACUGAAGAAGCUACAGAAAAUCUUUGGUUUGCUGACAGGGAUGGAAAGAAUUUACGACUUGUGAGUUACUUUAAAGAUCACUAUAACUAUGACAUUCAAUUCAGAAAAUUGCCGUGCCUGCAAAUUAGUAGGAGUAAACCAUGUUAUCUACCUAUGGAGCUUUGUGUGAUCUGUGAAGGUCAGAAAUUUCUUGGCAAGCUGUCUGAUGAUCAAACAGCAAAGAUACUGAAGAUGGGCUGCCAAAGACCACGAGAACGGAAAGCCAUCAUCGAAGGAGUCAUGAGAGGGAAUGUAGGGCCUACCAGUGGCAACCAGGAAGGAGAAUUUAAACUCAAAGUGUCUCGCGAAAUGACAAGGCUGACUGGGAGAAUUCUUCACCCUCCCAAGCUAAAGCUAGGAGAUGGAGGUCGAGUUAGAAAUCUAUUUCCUUCACGUCAUGACCGCCAGUGGAACCUUCUUGAUGGCCAUGUCUUUGAAGGAACUAAAAUUGAAAGGUGGGCACUAAUAAGUUUUGGUGGCACACCUGAGCAGAAGUCUAAUAUCCCUAGAUUCAUAAACCAGCUAUCUCAAAGGUGUGAACAAUUGGGAAUUUUCCUUAACAAGAAUACAAUCAUUAGUCCUCAGUUUGGCAGCCAGGUGCUUAACAAUGUUAACGUUUUGGAAUCUAAGCUCAAGAAAAUCCAGAGAGCUGCCUCAAACAAUCUCCAGCUGCUUAUUUGCAUAAUGGAGAAAAAACACAAAGGGUACGCAGACCUGAAACGAAUUGCUGAGACUAGUGUUGGGGUUGUAAGCCAAUGCUGCUUGUAUCCAAAUCUCAUCAAGCUAAGUUCACAGUUUUUGGCUAAUUUGGCCUUAAAAAUUAAUGCCAAGGUUGGUGGAUGCACAGUUGCUCUUUACAAUUCACUUCCUUCUCAAAUCCCAAGACUAUUUCAGUUUGAUGAGCCAGCCAUUUUUAUGGGCGCUGAUGUAACACAUCCUCAUCCACUUGACGAUUUCAAUCCAUCUAUUGCUGCUGUUGUUGGCAGCAUGAAUUGGCCAACAGCAAACAAAUACAUUUCAAGAAUAAGGUCCCAAACACACAGACAGGAGAUCAUCCAGGAUCUUGGUGCAAUGGUGGGUGAACUGCUUGAUGAUUUUUAUCAGGAAGUAAAGAAACUUCCCGGGAGAAUAAUUUUCUUCAGAGAUGGGGUUAGUGAAACACAGUUUUAUAAAGUACUGGAAGAGGAAUUGCAAUCCAUCAGAGGGGCGUGUUCCAAAUUUCCUGAUUAUAAACCAUUCAUUACUUUCGCAGUAGUACAGAAGAGGCACCAUACAAGGUUGUUUCCCGUUGAAACAGACCAAUCCACCAACCAAAACCAUUUUUCAUAUGAGAAUAUUCCGCCAGGGACUGUGGUUGAUUCUGUGAUCACUCACCCGAAAGAAUUUGAUUUCUAUCUAUGCAGCCACUGGGGUGUGAAAGGAACAAGCAGGCCAACACAUUACCAUGUUCUGUGGGAUGAAAACCAGUUCACUUCUGAUGAAUUACAGAAGCUGGUUUACAAUUUAUGUUACACUUUUGUGAGGUGCACCAAGCCAAUUUCUUUGGUCCCACCUGCUUAUUAUGCACAUUUGGCAGCUUACAGAGGCAGACUCUACCUAGAGAGAUCAGAGUCUUCAGGUUUAUACAGUUCAUUAUCAAGAGCAGCCCCUCCAAAGACAGCACCUCUACCAAGACUCAGUGAAAACAUCAAGAAGCUCAUGUUCUACUGCUAACGAUUAACUCUUCUGGAAGUGCCAAUUUGAUUUUAAAAUAACUUAGUUUCAUAGCAUAGCUUUAGAUAUCUGAGACCGUGAGCCCAAAAAAACAAGGGGGCAAGUAGAGUAGUGGAUGAUCAGGGGGAGCAUUAGAGGACAAGAAUGUAAUCUAUGCAUAUUAUCUAUUCAAAUACCCGGAGGUGAAUCAGAACAAAUGAAUGAAUUCGUAUUGGUGAA